CAAUACAGCGAUGCUGAACUGGUGCUGAUUGGUGCUGCCAUGGCUGUUCUUGUUCUGGCCAUAGUUUUUGGUAAUGUGAUGGUCAUCACAGCCAUCCUGCGGUUCCAGCGGCUCCAAACAAUCACCAACCUCUUCAUCGCUUCCCUGGCUGUUGCUGACCUCAUCAUGGGUGUGGUUGUGGUUCCAUUUAGCUCCAGUAACAUCCUGCUAAAUUCUUGGAAGUUUGGGAAUUAUAUGUGCAACUUCUGGACUGCAACUGACAUUCUGUGUGUGACGGCCAGCAUAGAAACGCUGUGUGUGAUUGCUAUGGACCGCUACCUAGCUAUCACGUUGCCGCUCCGCUACCCAACACUACUCACCAGGGGUCGGGCAAUCGUAGUGGUGCUUGCCGUUUGGACAGUGGCCUCCCUCAUCUCCUUCCUGCCCAUUUUUCUGGAAGUGUGGGUGAAGAACGAAACACAGGCCUUAAAGUGCUUGGCCGAUGAGAACUGCUGUGAAUUUCACACCAAACCAGAGUACGCAGUGUCUUCUUCAAUUGUGUCUUUCUACCUGCCACUGGUGGUGAUGAUUUUCCUCUACAGUCGUGUAUUCCAGGAGGCUCAGAAACAGCUGGAAAAGAUCAGGGGCAGGGAGAGACACCUAUACAAUCUGCACAACUCCGCACAGCGAACUUAUCCAGACGACAGCCCUGCACUGAAUAAACACAGGGCACGAACAGAUGCGGAAGAACCUGCAGGGGAGGACAGUUUAAACAUGCAGCAAACAGACGAUAAAGAGAAGGAUGGAGAAAGUAAAACAAGAACAGAAAAAGGGGAAGGAAAGCAUUCUGCUACAAAGCGUCUUAAGUUCUGUCUUAAAGAGCAAAAGGCUGUGAAAACUCUAGGGAUCAUCAUGGGUACUUUCACAUUUUGUUGGCUGCCCUUUUUCAUCCUCAACAUCAUCAUAUCUUUAGUUGAUCUUGGUGACAUUACAAAGGUAUUUCAACUCCUCAACUGGAUCGGGUACUCCAAUUCAGCCUUCAACCCAUUCAUCUACUGCCGCAGCCCUGAUUUCAGACACGCCAUCCAGGAGAUACUCCAUUUAAGGGGUAAGGGAGGACCCUUGAGAAGGAGGGCAGCAUGUGGAUGGUGCAGUGUGAAAAAUCACUUUUCCAAGUCCCUGCGUAGACAGAAUGGGAAUGCGGAUGUGGACAGUGCCAGAGGGCUGGACAACCAGCAAACAUCAAGACGGAAAGACACUCAGGAUAGCUCAGUUCACGACAGCUCACUAACUCUUGCGCUGCCGACAACUAGUUCUGAGCAAGUUCUAGAUGUGGCUCCAGGUUCGCUCUCCAGCUGGCAGACCAAGAGCUCCGAUAGUACGAACUGUAAGGAAAAUCGUACUUCGAUUGUUUGACCAAAUACUGUAUGAAAAAGACAUCAGAGCUUGAACUGAGAGCACAUCAACAACUAAUUUGUUUAGGUCAUCAACUCAAAAGUCUUGGUCGUUGCUAAUUUAUGAGGCUGCAGAGAUGAUAUUUAAUCAGUGUUACUGUGGGGUUUUUAUUGUUUUUAAUCUGUGUUUUCUGAUUACCAC